CGACAUUGCAAGGACCUACAUUUUCUUACUUCUCUUCUCUUUCAGGGCUCCGGUGUUGUUAAAGCUGGUUUUGCAGGAGACCAGAUCCCCAAAUACUGCUUCCCAAACUAGUAAGAUCUAACACUUCAGCCAUCUCAACACUUUAAAAUGAAAUACUUAAUGUAUAUGACUGAAAUGCUUUGUUUGAAUGAAAAGUGUAUGUAAAAUUAUCCAUGUGUUUACCUUCUAGUGUGGGUCGUCCAAAGCAUGUUCGGGUGAUGGCAGGUGCUCUGGAAGGAGAUCUCUUCAUUGGCCCAAAAGCGGAGGUACAGUGCUCUACUAAGACUGAUGCCUGUGGCACUGAUAAUGUAAAAGGCUUUAUGGUGUAUGCCUAUAUGUAGGCUGUUAUUACACUAAAUCUGUAUUUUUAACAAAAUAGAGUACUUUGGCCGCUAUUCCCAAGACUGUUGAUCUCUCCAUGUGGUUGUAGGAACACAGGGGGCUACUUUCUGUGCGGUACCCUAUGGAGCAUGGUAUUGUGAAGGACUGGAAUGAUAUGGAGCGCAUCUGGCAAUAUGUGUACUCUAAGGAGCAACUACAGACCUUCUCUGAAGAGGUAUUUUUGUCUGGUUUCUGUGACACACGCUUAUUCUGGGUACUUUUAAUUUGACCAUGAGAGCUGGUGUUUUCUCUCAGGGCUUCUUGAAGUGAAUAUGUAUGUGAUUGUGGGGUUUUAGUUUUUUUACUGUUUCACUGCAUUUACUUUUUUGCAUUUCUCCUAAUAUCCUUUAGCAUCCUGUGCUGCUAACAGAGGCCCCCUUGAACCCAAGUAAAAACCGGGAGCGUGCAGCAGAGGUGUUCUUUGAGACCUUCAAUGUACCAGCGCUCUUCAUCUCCAUGCAGGCAGUAUUAAGCUUGUGAGUUUGUCUGUCUCUUGUUUGCCAGCGUAAUGUUGGGCAUACCGGUACAUUAAAAGAUUUCACCCCCAGAGGAGGAAAAUGGUCGUUAAUAGUUACCACAGCCACAUAAUCAUAAAACCCCUCCUAUGGAUGUGGUAACUAGUGACAACUAAGGAAAACCUAGACUAAUAUGACAUGUAAUACAUUAGUAACUGUAGAGAUAUGAAAAUGAUAAUUAGCAUAAACACUGUGUUAACAGUUUUGAAUGUCUCUGGAUAUUGCAGAUAUGCCACAGGCCGGACAACAGGAGUGGUGCUGGAUGCUGGUGAUGGGGUCACCCAUGCUGUGCCCAUCUAUGAAGGCUUUGCCAUCCCUCACUCGAUCAUGCGGGUGGACAUUGCUGGGCGUGAUGUCUCACGCUACCUACGCCUGCUCCUGCGCAAGGAAGGCUAUGACUUCCACACUUCAGCUGAGUUUGAGGUCGUGCGCACUAUCAAAGAGGUAUGGAUUAGGAAAUUGUGUUGCAUUUUUGAUGGGGUCAAAAAUAGUUUUAUAAAUUCACAAGACACUAUCAGUCCUGUUAUUGGUUUCAUUCUUUGUCCUUGACACCUGUCACCCUCAUUUUGUUUACCUCUGCAGAGAGCAUGUUACCUAUCUCUGAACCCACAAAAAGAUGAGACCUUGGAGACAGAGAAGGCGCAGUACACUCUUCCUGAUGGCAGCACAUUGGAUGUGAGUCAUAUUGGAUGCAUUCUCAAAAUGUUUCUAAGAUUUAGUGUUCUGGAAGUUAAAUAUUACUACUUUGACAUUAACAUAUAAGCUGUUGUAUUUAUACUGAAGCAUUGAGAACUUGUUAUCCCCUGUGUAGAUUGGCCCUGCUCGGUUCCGAGCCCCAGAGCUCCUCUUCCGUCCAGACCUGAUAGGGGACGAGAGUGAAGGAAUUCACGAGGUUCUGGCUUUUGCUAUCCAGAAGUCCGACAUGGACCUGCGACGUACACUCUUUUCCAACAUUGUCCUCUCUGGGGGCUCCACACUCCUCAAAGGUAUGGACUAGAGUUCUGUCCCACCAAUUACAUAUUGAGGACUGCAGCAAACAAACUUCUCACUCCACUCCUUCAGCAUUGGCUAAUUGUAUUAAUCUCAAUCUGUUUACUUUCUUUUUUUUUGUCCAAAAGGUUUUGGUGACCGGUUGUUAAGUGAAGUGAAAAAGUUGGCACCUAAAGAUGUGAAAAUAAAGGUAUUAUCUGCCUUAACCUUGGGGCCUUAUUUACCUAUGUAUGAGCACUGAGCAGCAAUUUCAAUGUAGUAAAUGUUUAAUGUUGGUGCAACAUACUUUCUGAACUAGUUUAUUUCCCUGUUUUACUCUUUGUUAGAUCUCUGCACCUCAAGAACGACUCUACUCCACGUGGAUAGGGUAAGUAACGUCAUGUGAUCAGCCACACUCCGAUUAAACAGAUUAGUCUCUGUUUGUUUCCAGAGUAAUGGACAGGAAUGAUCCUCUCUUGUUGCAUGCUUUAAGGGGCUCCAUCCUUGCGUCACUGGACACCUUCAAGAAGAUGUGGGUUUCAAAGAAGGAGUAUGAGGAAGACCGAGCACGUGCCAUCCAUCGGAAGACCUUCUGAAGAGGCUGGCGUUGCUCCUAUUCUGCCAAAAAAAAAAAAAAACUGUCUCAAGUCCACCAACUACUCCACUACACCCCCUUCCCCAUUACCCCUAUGAUGUGGAGAGCCCAUGGCAUGCCUUCUACUGACUCCCCUACACACGCCAUAUGACGGGGAAACUGGCCAGGACUGGCAAAGUGUUGGCCAGCAUUUACCAGACAGACCAGAACCUGUCCUAAUGACAAGGCUUUAAGUUGCAUCUCUUGAUAUUGGGGAUUAUUAUUAUUUUUUGCAUCAAGCUGCAUUGCUUGAUGCAAAUUCUGUAUUUAUUCUAGUGUGUGUUAUGCCCCAUAUGAAAUGGAUCAUAAAAUCCAUCACUUAAAUUACAAUGAAGGUGAACAUUCUGCUUUACGUUGAUAGAUUCAAUUAAGACUUUUGUUUUUACCUUUUGGGCAUAGUUACUGUGGCACAUUAAACGGAGUGUGCAAAGAUACCUUAAGAGCUUGUUAGUAUAAAGUUAUUGUUUCCUUAUUUCCCACAGUCUUAAAAUAUGACCCAGUGUACUGUAACUUACACCUCUCGACUCCAUUUGGGUACAUUGAAGUGUUGCUUCAUAUUCAGCUGUUGAAAGAUGAAAGACACAGAUGGAUAAAUAAAUAAAUAAAAAGUGCAGAUGUUGCAAUUUCUGACCAGAACUUUCCCUUAUUUCAAACCCAAGUGGAUGUAAAUUGUAUUGAAAAUAUUUGAUGAUCGGUUUAUCACAUUUAACUCAACAUUGUAAGGGGACUAACAUUAAGUCUUGAGUGGACCAUAUGGUUAAAAGCACUUUCAGUGUCAGAUUGAUGGAGAAUAUUCUGACUGAAUUUGUAUCCAAACUGGUAUGGUUUGCUUCAUCUAAUUAAUUUAACUGCACCGAAAGGAAUACUGACAUGACAAUGGGUGGGUUGUCAUGUUUUCUGCAGGAUAUUUGCAAUCUAAACUGAAUUGAUUACUGACUUCAUUUUAGAUCAAAAUAUGUAUUGUUUUAGUUUCAAGAGGAACCCUGUGACCAUAUCCUGCUAGUAUAAUGACUCCUAUAGGCAAAUACUAACACCAAAAUUAACAGUAUUGCAAAAGAAAAAAGAAAAAGC